AUGUCACCUAUCACAGAUUUUAUCAACAAGCACUCAGGCAACGAGCCCACUCAACAGGAUGAAACCCUUCAAAACGACAGUUCGCAAUUUUCCGGACCUCGUAGGGAUAAGAACAGAUUUUCCGAUAGCAAGGAGGACUUCAAUAAGGAUAUGGACGAGAAUGUGAGGAAUGACAUGAGUGGAUCAUAUGACCCAGGUUUCAACAAACAUGACGAGACCUCGCAAUGGGGAAAUAGAGAUGUCUCUGGAUUUGACAACACUGGUACGAAAAAGUGA